UGUAAUGAAUUUCAUAUUAUGUCUGUCGCUGUUGCUAAUAUUGAGUUCUGCUUUCUGGAACAGAGUGUCAAGUCAAGUAUUACACACGGAAUGCGGGGCCUAUGAUGCAAACGGGAUGGACUUUUCAGGAUCUUACCAAGAAAAGGAGACAAGGCCGGGCCAAUACCCAUGGGUAAUCGCCGUUCUGGACCACAGGGACUCUCUGACUCGCUACAUAGGUGGAGGGUCCCUAAUUUCAUUCAGUGUGGUGCUUACUGCAGUUCAAGUACUUCAAGACGCCGACGAUGCCGAUCUUCUGGUGCGCGCGGGAGAGUGGAAUGUUUCGACGACGUCUGAAAGUUAUCCCCACGUAGACCGUCAGGUCAAAAGGAUAGUCAGACACGAUCAAUUCAAUAAGAAAACUGGAGACAACGAUGUGGCUCUGCUCUUUCUCACAGCGCCCUUCCCCGCCCAGCCAAAUAUCCGGCCAGUAUGCCUGGCAGACGAAAACAGCGACUUCGGGGGCUGCUUUUACAAUGGCUGGGGAAUGGAGCAGACAACCUCUAUGGAAUACCCUAGUGUCUUAAAGAAAGUCCGCAUAAAUCUAAAGAACAAUCUAAGUAGUAGGUAUAUUUCUGAUUAUUUCAUUCUCGGCCAAGCCAGAAAAAGAAGCAUUGGCUGCAAGGGCGACAGUGGCUCGCCCCUGGUCUGCUCAGUACCCAGAAACCCUAAUCAAUUUAGGCAGGUUGGCAUCCUAAUUUGUGGCAAUGAUGGGCGUCCAAGUGUCUUCACAAAUGUUGCAAAGUUUCAACCAUGGAUCAAUAGAAAACUGGAAGACAUAGGUCAAAACUAUUAA